AUGAGUCCCGAAACGGCCAAGAACAGUUCCAAGAUCGCCGUCCUCGUGGGCCCUCGUUCUUCACCCCCCCCUGAGUUCCGGUGGGAAGCGCUUGGCAUCACGUCUGGUCGAGUCUGGUACUUUACUGGUGGUGGCUCAACGUCGCACAACCCACCUUUACCUUGUUGGUUGCUGCGUUUCUUCAUAUAUGCGCACCAAGGGCCAAUUCUCCGUCCUCGAUCCCAGUUUGGGAAUCCUUUGGGUAGUCCCCAUAUGAACUCGCAAGACGUAGAUGCGUCUCCAACCAGCAUCAUGUCGAGUCUAGCGGCGGAAUCAUGGUCCUGGUACGGACUGACGUGGCUGGUCGUGGCCACCAGAAUGUUGGUCUUGUUGAAUCUCUCUGCUGUCGAGCCAGCCAUGUUCAUGUCGAGUUGUUGUUCUAACAGGCUACCUAGGGCAUCGCAGGUUCUUCUGAGGGGCUCCGUAAAAAAGCUCAAACUAGACGACUUCCUCAUGGUCAUGGCCAUGUGCACCGAUACGGUCCUCAUUAUCGCGACCAACAUCAUAGCAACUACGAAUAGUAACCUGAUCGAUCCCAACCACCCGGCGUCGCUAUCACCGGAAGACAUCAGGCAACGCGAGUUUGGGUCCAAAAUGGUGCUUUUAGCAGAACAGAUGCAGUGCGUGACCAUUUGGCUGGUCAAGGCUUGCCUGCUGCUCAUGUACCAUCGUCUCACAUUGAGUUUAAAGGGCAACCUGGUGGUCAAGAUUGUGGCUUGCUAUGUCGCCGUUGGCUUCGUCUUGAUGGAGAUAUUGUAUUUGGGAGUUUGGUGCAGGCCCUUCUCUCAAUACUGGGCAGUGCCUCCCGAUUCCACGACAAACCAUCUCAUAACCAACGCUGUGCUCAACAUCUCAUCCGACAUCAUGAUAAUUCUCAUACCGAUGCCCGUCUUCCUACAAUCACGGCUGAAGUGGAGGAAGAAGCUGAUCUUGGUUGGCGUUUUUGCACUGGGCGGAUUUACGAUUCUGUCGGCGAUUCUCAACAAAUUUUACAGCUUCAAUGAGCCGUUUGGAUCCGCGUGGACGUUUUGGUACAUUCGGGAAUCGUCCACUGCCAUCAUCGUUGCCAAUCUUCCGCUUACGUGGACCGUCUUCCGACGUCUCUUCCAUCUGCGAUCAUUCGACAAUAGCGAGUACUCGUCCAAGACCCGAAGCGGUCAACCCAGUUCAACUUUGCGAUCCCACGGCCAAGCUCACGGCCGCACCCCGAAUCGCAGCUACAUCAGACAGGGCGACGCCAAUGACGACGACUUGGCAGGCAGCCAGGAGGAGAUUACGAAAGGACAUGGCAUCUCGCUGCGCAUCUACCAGCGUCAUGAUGUGCAGAUUAGCUCCGAGCCGGUUACCAAUCAUCACGCUCGGCAGUUAUCCAACGAGUCACUACCCGACGGCCUCACCACGACGAUUAAGGGUGGCGCUUCUGGGUCCUUCCUACUUGAUGCCGAGACUGCAUCGGAUAAAUCGUAUCCAGCUGUGAAGGUGAACUCUAGCGUGUGA